GUUUGCUCUCCCACUUGCUCGCUUUCUCGCCGGCUAUUCACCCUCGCCCCGCCCCGUCCCGUGCGGGACUGGCCGCGCGGGCUCCCAGCGCCGCCCAGUCCGCAGCCGGCGGCGGAUUGAGCGCUGAACCUGCGCUGCGCGCCGGUGGCCGGGACGCCCCCGCCGAGCGCCGUGCCUCGGCUCCCGGGCCGCUUUCGCCGCGCGGGUUCUCCGAAGUCCUUGAAGGCUGGCCUCUUCAGUCUGAGGGUGCCCUGAGGAGCAGAGAUUGGAACCUGCAGCUCUGAACAAGUAAAAACCUGUGAGCUUCCAUCCCUGGUUUCCCCGGGACUCCACUCAGAGCCUCUGCAGCUGGCAGCCAGGGGUUUCAAAGGUCACCCUAGCCGGGAGGAUUGGAACCACACAUCCCUCUGACCGGGUGAAGUUGGCUGCUCCGUGCAAGGCCAUGGGGGAUGUGAAGCUGGCUGCCUCGACACACGUUUCCAAAACCUCCCUCACUGUGGAUCCCUCGAGAGUCGGCUCCAUGCCCCUGACUGAGGCCCCUGCUUUCAUUUUGCCCCCUCGGAACCUCUGCAUCAAGGAAGGGGCCACCGCCAAGUUUGAAGGGAGGGUCCGGGGUUACCCAGAGCCCCAAGUGACAUGGCACAGAAACGGGCAACCCAUUGCCGGUGGGGGCCGCUUCCUGCUGGACUGUGGUACCCGGGGGACUUUCAGCCUUGUGAUUCAUGCUGUCCGUGAGGAGGACAAGGGAAAGUAUACCUGUGAAGCCACCAAUGGUAGUGGUGCCCGCCAGGUGACAGUGGAGUUGACAGUAGAAGGGGGCUUUGUGAAGAAGCACGGUCAGCCUCUUGUUUCCAAAGCCUUGGGGGACAGAUUUGCAGCCCCUGCGGUGGAGACCCGUCCCAGCAUCUGGGGAGAAUGCCCACCAAAGUUUGCUACUAAGCUGGGCCGAGCGGUGGUCAAAGAAGGACAGAUGGGGCGAUUCUCCUGUAAGAUCACUGGCCGGCCCCAGCCACAGGUCUCCUGGCUCAAGGGAGAUGUUCCCCUGCAGCCCAGUUCCCGUGUGUCUAUGUCUGAGAAGAAUGGGAUGCAAGUCCUGGAAAUCCACGAGGUCAACCAAGAUGACGUGGGAGUGUACACGUGCCUGGUGGUGAACGGGUCAGGGAAGGCCUCCAUGUCUGCUGAGCUCUCCAUCCAAGGCUUGGACAUUGCCAAUAGGUCGCUUGUGAGAGGAACAAAGGUGGCCAGUUCAGACAUCAGGAAGGAAGUGACCAAUGGAGUCGCUCAGGGGCUGAAACUGGAUGGCUUGGAGGCUGCAGCUGAGAGUAAGAACUGCUCCAGCAUCCAGAGAGGUGGCUCCCCUGCCUGGGCCACGGGGAGCCAGCCUCAGCCCCUGAGGGAAUCUGAGCCGGAGCCAGUGGGGGACUCGCCCGGAAAGGCCCUGAGGACCCCCGUCCUGCAGAAGACUUCCAGCACCAUCACCCUGCAGGCCGCGAAAGUGCAGCUGGCACCGAGAGUGCCAGUCUCGGGUGCCCCGUCUCCUUCCAGAGAAGAGAGGGAGAAGCCAGCUGCUCGCCCUCCAGCCGCCCUCCACGCCAGGCAGUGUGGCCUGGGAAGCCAAGACACUGUGGGCCAGGUUGCUACCAGGAAGGUCCCCACGGAGGGCCAGGGGGACACAACAUUCCCCAAAUUUGAGACCAAGCCCCAAAGCCAGGAAGUCAGUGAGGACCAGCCGGUCAAGUUCAGAUGCGAGGUUUCAGGGAUCCCGAAGCCUGAAGUGACCUGGUUCCUGGACGGGGCCCCCUUGAGGAGAAGAGAAGGCACCAUCGAGGUGUAUGAAGCUGGGGGGACCCAUUACCUCUGCCUCCUGAGAGCCCGGGCCAGGGACAGCGGGAACUACAGCUGCACGGCCACCAAUGUCCGAGGCCGGGUGUCCUGUGGCUGGACCCUCCUGGUGAAAAGGCUGGCCGUGAUGGAGGCGGCCCCCUCAUUCUCCAGUGUCCUGAAGGACUGCACUGUCGUUGAGGGCCAGGACUUUGUGCUGCAGUGCUCGGUGCAGGGGACCCCGGUGCCCCGAAUCACUUGGCUGCUCAAUGGGCAGCCCAUCCAGUAUGCUCACUCCACCUGCGAGGCUGGCGUGGCUGAGCUCCACAUCCAGGAUGCCCUCCCAGAGGACGAGGGCACCUACACCUGUCUGGCCGAGAACACCUUGGGGCAGGUGUCCUGCAGCGCCCGGGUCACUGUCCAUGAAAAGAAGAGUGACGAGAAGAGUGAGUACCUCCUGCCCACGGCCUCCAGCAAGCCCGUCGCACCUCUCUUCCUGCAAGGCCUCUCUGAUCUCAGAGUCAUGGACGGGAGCCAGGUCACCAUGACAGUCCAGGUGUCAGGGAACCCACCCCCUGAGGUCAUCUGGCUUCACAACGGGAAUGAGAUCCAGGAGUCAGAGGACUUCCACUUUGAACAGAGAGGCACUCAGCACAGCCUUUGUAUCCAGGAAGUGUUCCCGGAGGACACGGGCACUUACACCUGUGAAGCCUGGAACAGCGCAGGAGAGGUCCGCACCCAGGCCAUGCUCACAGUGCAAGAGCCUCAGGAUGGCAUCCAGCCCUGGUUCAUCAGCAAGCCCCGCUCCGUGACAGCCUGCCUGGGCCAGAGUGUCCUCAUCUCCUGUGCCAUAGCUGGGGACCCCUUCCCCACUGUGCACUGGCUCCGGGACGGCAAAGCCCUCUCCAGAGACACUGGCCACUUCGAGGUGCUACAGAAUGAGGACGUGUUCACCCUGGUUCUAAAGAACGUGCAGCCCUGGCAUGCCGGCCAGUAUGAGAUCCUGCUCAAGAACCGGGUUGGUGAAUGCAGUUGCCAGGUAUCACUGAUGCUACAGAGCAGCCCUGCCAGAGCUGUCCUGCGGGGAAGGGAGCCUGCCAGCGGUGAGGGCCUCUGCAGCCGGGGAGCCGGCGCUGAUGGUGGUGGCGGUGGCGGCUACGGGAGCCUGAGGCCCAGCUGGCCAGCAGGAGGACAGGGCGGGCCCGACGAGGGAGACGGCGAGGGCGUGCGUGGGGUGCUCACGCGGCGUGUGGAGACGCGGCAGCACACCGAGGAGGCCAUCCGCCAGCAGGAGGUGGGGCAGCUGGACUUCCGCGACCUCCUGGGCAAAAAGGUGAGUACCAAGACCUUGUCUGAAGAGGACCUGAAGGAGAUCCCAGCCGAGCAGAUGGAUUUCCGCGCCAACCUGCAGCGGCAGGUGAAGCCGAAGACCGUGUCGGAGGAAGAGCGGAAGGUGCAUAGCCCCCAGCAGGUGGACUUCCGCUCUGUCCUGGCCAAGAAGGGGACCCCCAGGACCCCUGUGCCUGAGAAGGUGCCACCUCCAAAACCUGCCACCCCAGGUUUCCGCUCGGUGUUGGGCAGUAAGAAAACGCUACCUGCAGAGAAUGGCAGUAACAGCUCUGAAGCCUUGAAUGCCAAGGCAGCAGAAGGUCCCAAGCCUGUAGGCAAUGCCCAGCCUUCAGGGUUUCUGAAAACCGUGGGCAAUGCGAAGCCGGCCGAGACUCCCAAACCCUUGAGCAAUGCGAAGCCGGCCGAGACCCCCAAACCCAUGGGUAAUGUCAAGUCAGCUGAGACCCCCAAACCCUUGGGUAAUGUCAAGCCGGCUGAGACCCCCAAACCCAUGGGCAAUGCCAAGCUGACUGAGACCCCCAAACUCUUGGGCAAUGCCAAGCUGACUGAGACCCCCAAACCCUUGGGUAAUGUCAAGCCGGCCGAGACCCCCAAACCCAUGGGCAAUGCCAAGCUGACUGAGACCCCCAAACCCUUGGGCAAUGCAAAGCCGGCCGAGACCCCCAAACCCUUGGGCAAUGCCAAGUUAUCCGAGGCCCCAAAACCAGCUGGGAAUGAAGAACUUAAGAAGGAGGUUAAGAAUGAUGUGAACUGCAAGAGGGGCCAUGCAGGGGCCACAGAUAAUGAAAAAAGACCCGAGAGCCAAGGGACAGCCCCAGCCUUCAAGGAGAAGCUACGAGAUCUCCGUGUGGUGGAGGGUGAGAAACUGCUGCUCCAGUGCCAGGUGUCCUCUGACCCCCCGGCCACCAUCACCUGGACCCUGAAUGGAAAGACGCUCAAGACUACCAAGUUCAUUGUCCUCUCCCAAGAAGGCUCACUGUGCUCCGUCUCCAUCGAGAAGGCACUGCCCGAGGACAGAGGCUUAUACAAGUGCGUAGCCAAGAACAGCGCCGGCCAGGCUGAGUGUUCCUGCCAAGUCACCGUGGACGCCGCAGAGAACAAGUGUCAGUGCCAGCAGGACAGACCCGUGAGGAAGAGGGAGCAGAGCGAGGUCCAAGUGGGGACACUUCCUCCAGGAGAUGCCCCCACCAGUGAGAACGCCAAGGCCCCGGAGAUGAAAGCCCGGAGGCCAAAGAGCUCUCUUCCUUCCGUGCUAGGAACAGAGAGUGAUGCAACUGUGAAAAAGAAACCUGCGCCCAAGACACCUCCGAAGGCAGCCGUGCCCCCUCAGAUCAUCCAGUUUCCUGAGGACCAAAAGGUGCGUGCAGGAGAGCCUGUGGAGCUGUUGGGUAAAGUGGCCGGCACCCAGCCCAUCACCUGCACCUGGAUGAAGUUCCGAAAGCAGAUCCAGGAGAGUGAGCACAUCAAGGUGGAGAACAGUGAGAACGUCAGCAAGCUCACCAUCCGGGCUGCACGCCAGGAGCACUGUGGCUGCUACACUCUGCUGGUGGAGAACAGGCUGGGCAGCAGGCAGGCCCAGGUCAACCUCACCGUUGUGGACAAGCCGGACCCCCCGGCCGGCACGCCUUGUGCCUCUGACAUUCGCAGCUCCUCGCUGACCCUGUCCUGGUACGGCUCCUCGUACGAUGGGGGCAGCGCCGUACAGUCCUACAGCGUCGAGAUCUGGGACUCGGCGGACAAGAAGUGGAAGGAACUAGCCACAUGCCGCAGCACCUCUUUUAACAUCCACGACCUGCUGCCUGACCGAGAGUAUAAAUUCCGUGUGCGCGCAAUCAACGUCUAUGGAACCAGUGAGCCGAGCCAGGAGUCUGAACUCACAGUGGUGGGAGAGAAACCUGAGGAGCCGAAGGAUGAAGUGGAGGUGUCAGAUGAUGAUGAAAAGGAGCCCGAGGUCGAUUAUCGGACCGUCGUGGUCAAUACUGACCAGAAAGUGUCUGACUUCUAUGACAUCGAAGAGAGACUAGGAUCUGGGAAAUUUGGACAGGUCUUUCGACUUGUAGAGAAGAAAACUGGAAAAAUCUGGGCAGGGAAAUUCUUCAAGGCAUAUUCAGCAAAAGAGAAGGAGAACAUCCGGCAGGAGAUCAGCAUCAUGAACUGCCUCCACCACCCCAAGCUGGUCCAGUGUGUGGAUGCCUUCGAAGAGAAGGCCAACAUCGUCAUGGUCCUGGAAAUCGUGUCCGGGGGUGAGCUGUUCGAGCGCAUCAUCGAUGAGGACUUUGAGCUGACCGAGCGGGAGUGCAUCAAGUACAUGAGGCAGAUCUCGGAGGGGGUGGAGUACAUCCACAAGCAGGGCAUUGUCCAUCUGGACCUCAAGCCCGAGAACAUCAUGUGUGUCAACAAGACAGGCACCAGGAUCAAGCUCAUCGACUUCGGUCUGGCCAGGAGGUUGGAGAAUGCGGGCUCUCUGAAGGUCCUCUUUGGCACCCCAGAGUUCGUCGCACCGGAAGUGAUCAACUACGAGCCCAUUGGCUACGCCACAGACAUGUGGAGCAUCGGGGUCAUCUGCUACAUCCUGGUCAGUGGACUGUCCCCCUUCAUGGGUGACAACGAUAAUGAAACCUUAGCCAACGUCACCUCAGCCACCUGGGACUUUGACGACGAGGCCUUCGAUGAGAUCUCCGAUGACGCCAAGGACUUUAUCAGCAGCUUGCUAAAGAAAGAUAUGAAAAACCGCUUGGACUGCACCCAGUGCCUUCAGCAUACAUGGCUAAUGAAAGACACCAAGAACAUGGAGGCCAAGAAACUCUCCAAGGACCGGAUGAAGAAGUACAUGGCAAGAAGAAAAUGGCAGAAAACGGGCAAUGCUGUGAGAGCCAUUGGAAGACUCUCCUCUAUGGCAAUGAUCUCAGGGCUCAGUGGCAGGAAAUCUUCAACAGGGUCACCAACCAGCCCACUCAAUGCAGAAAAACUAGAAUCUGAAGAAGAUGUCUCCCAAGCUUUCCUUGAGGCUGUCGCUGAGGAAAAGCCCCAUGUAAAACCCUACUUUUCUAAGACCAUUCGUGAUUUAGAAGUUGUGGAGGGAAGUGCUGCUAGAUUUGACUGCAAGAUCGAAGGAUACCCAGACCCUGAGGUCGUCUGGUUCAAAGAUGACCAGUCAAUCAGGGAGUCCCGCCACUUCCAGAUAGACUAUGAUGAGGAUGGGAACUGCUCUUUAAUCAUUAGUGAUGUUUGCGGGGAUGAUGAUGCCAAGUACACUUGCAAGGCUGUCAACAGUCUUGGAGAAGCCACCUGCACAGCAGAGCUCAUUGUGGAAACCAUGGAGGAAGGAGAAGGAGAAGGGGAAGAAGAGGAGGAAGAAUGAAACAAAGCCAGAGAGAAGCAGUUUCUAAGUCAUAUUACAAAGACUAUCUCUCUAAAGCUCAAAAAACCCAAGACAGUAGAAGCACCUAGUGUGAUAGAUUACUUAGGUCAUUUGGGGGUUGAUUCUUCAGCAAUAGUGGUUGAUACCCAGCAGCGUUACUGAGGGGCAUUAAUUUAAAUUAGCUGGCACCUUAAGAUUCUAGUACAGCUAGAUUUCAUUUUGGGAAAUCACCAGUAACUUGCCUGACCAACCAAUUUUAGAGAAAAAGUAACAUAAGGAAGCUUUAUCUGGGCAAAGUCAUAUAAAUUCUCCAACUGAAAGCACUCAUGAAAAAACAAGGUCACAGCCCUGCCCAGAGGGUCCCUGGAGAUGGGGGUCUCUCCCAGCUCCUACUCCAGAGAACCGGGUCUCCUCCAGUCCUGUAGCACUUCAUUCUGCAGGCAGUUGAGCCAUUUUAACUUACGAGGCCAAUAUUUCCAAAGUAUACUAUAGACAUUUGAACUUUUCAUUUCCAUCCCCUGUUCUACCUGCCAGUUUUUCUGGAUCUGGACUUGCCAUGAGUUUAAGCAUUAGGGACAUUACACUUCUUAGAUUCUGAAGACACGUCUCCUGCUCAUGGAUGACUGGCUUCCUUAGGAAAAACAGAAUCUCCUUUCUUCCAAAAUCAGUAGGAAAUCUAAACUUAUCCCCUCUUUGAAGAUUUCUACGGGAACCUAUGGAAAAAAAAUGGAAAAAAAAUCCUUGUUAAUGUGUUUUUCUGAAACCAGGAUUCAUACCUGCGCUGUUUUAGAAUAUCAGCUCUGCAUGUGUGGUAAAGAUUUUUGUGUUUGAAUGUAUGAAAAAACAGUUUGCUGAAAAGUUAGUCUUAAUUAUUUAUUGGCCACUAUGAAAUAGAUUUCAGCUAUAGAACUCCACAUACUUUGGAAUCUCAUUCAGGAUAGUCUGAGUUUAAUAUACCUUCAUUUUUAAACGUGCUCCAGAGAACUCUACUUACCUUAUGGAUUCCACGAGACUUUUCUUCUUGAAUGUGCAUCAGUCAUGCCUUGCCCCCGACCUUGAAAUAUAUUCUUAACCUGAUAAAUGCACUCAGACUUGCAUCUUUAGGAAUUUUUAACUUUCUUUCACUACAUUGGCACUUAAAUUUUUCUUUAUAAAACUUUUUGAAGGGCAUAAACAAAGACCAUAAACUGAUAUGCCUAAUACAUUUCCUCUGUGUGUGUGUAACAUUCCAAAUACUUUUUUCUUUUCCACUGUUUGUAAAGCGCAGCAGUUUAAUAUUUCAAGGGACUUUUUGCGAGUUCCUUAAGAACUAAUUUUAAAUUACUUCAGUGCAAUCCUACACAGUAUCAACAUUAGAAUUUUGAUGUUACUUAGUCUUAUGUUAUCUUCCAUUCUAUUUUUAUCUGCUUCUUGCUGCUAGUUUCAAAUUGCCAGUAUUUUUCUUUUUGCUUUUUAAGCAGUUACAACAUUUUUCAUAUAGCCACAGUAUUGACACAGUUUAUUAUAAUAAAGUGUUUUAAAAUUUGAUUUAGAGCAUUCAAAGCUUUUCUUCAUCACUUUUGAUUGUGUUUAGACUAUAAUCUUUGUGUGCAUGUAUGCUGUAUAUGUGCACGCAUGCGUGGUGUGUAUGUUUGUUUACAGGUUUUUUGAUGCCUUCUUGAAGUUGUGUUAAUGUUCUCCCAGUUUAUUAUGCCAUCAGAAUGGUAAAUGAGAACACUACAACUGUAGUUAGCUCACAAUUUUUAAAUAAAGGCUACCACAGUGCAUGCUC